AUGCCUGAGCAAGAGAACGAACGUUCACAGCUUGCGGAACCAUCCACAGCCAAGUCUCCUCAGGAUGGGAGUGUCAGUGUCAAAAGACCUGCCAGAGUUGACAAGAGGAAGAACCGGUAUCCACGUCCUUCACCUCAGGGUCGCGAUGCCAGAUGGUUGGCCCUCUUCGAGCAGCCGCGUAGAGCCGCCAGGAUCGAGGGGUGGACUUUUGAGGAGUUUGAGAAGCAGUAUAAGAAAAGCACUGAGGUUAUUCGGACUCUGUAA